AUGUCCAGUUCUGAAAAAGGACUUUGUCCUAUUUGUCGGACGAAUAUUUCAAAUCAACACAAAAUUACCACAACACCAUCAAUUGACAAAUUUUUUAACCAUAAGAAACGUCGAUUAAGUGAAGAUGUACAACAAGAAUGCAUAACAACAAUUAUUCAACAAAAUUUUGAUAUUCUUUCUUCUCCAUUAUUAAGUUUAAAUAUUCACUUGAAUGAAAGCAACAGCGAUGAUUAUGAGGAUAUGAUCGUAUUACGAAAAAUACUGGAAAAUAUAUUUGUUCAAUUAGAAAAUGAACAACAUAUUUUUUAUACAAGUUCUAUUAUAGAUAAAAAUAAUCAUUUAAUAUCAACAGAUAAUUCAUCUAUUGAUAUGAUUGAGACUGAAAAUAUAAAUGAUAAUGAUGUUUCAAUGUCAUUAAAUGAUUUAAUACAUGAUAUUAUUAGUCCUGAUACAAGUUAUAAAAAUUUAAUUGAUAAUGAAAUGUGUUGUUCAUUGACAUAUAUACCGAUUUAUCGUCCACCUUGUGUUAAAAUAUCAAUACCAGGUGUACAAUUUAUAACAGAUCAAGAAUUAAAAUUUGUUGAUCAACAACGAUCAUUAUUGAACGAUGAUAUUUGGUUACCAGAUGGUGCUGGUGGUGAAUCAAAGCCAAGUUCAACUUGGUUUACAGCAGCACGAGCAAUCUGGCUUCGCGCAAUAUAUUCGGAAAAAAAAUACGGAUUAUUAUGCAUUAUUUGUGCACAAGAAGCAAAAUGAAUUAGACAACAUGAAGAAUCUACACUUCAUAAACAAUCAUUAAUGAAAUAUCAAUCAAAGAUACAAUCUGAAGAUCAUGGUACAGUUAUAGAACAAUUAAAAUCAACAAAAAUUAAUACAAAAACAGCAAGUUUAAAUUAUUUACGUGCUAUUGCACGAUCGUUUAUUUUCUUAUUGAAGCAAGAAUUUGCAUUUAUGAACUUGAAAGAUUUGAUCCAACUACAACAUCUAAAUCUUUCUGAACCAAUAGUUCAAUGGCUAUCUAUAGCUAACAGAAAAGAACUUUAUUGGAGUGGAGAAAGUCGUAGUGAUUGGUUACUUACAGAUGAAACAUGCGAUGUUACAGUGAUGGAACAAUUAUGUAUUUGUUUACGUUAUUUUAAUCCUUCUACCAAAGAAUUAGUUGAAAGAAUUAUUUGUUUAUAUGAAAUACAUUCUCAAACAGGAGAAGCGAUUUUUGAUGUUAUUAAUCAAUUCUUAUUCGAUUUAGAAAAAGAAUUAGAUAAAAAAUUUAUUCUGAUCGGUCAAUGUUUCGAUGGUGCAUCUUCAGUUAGGUGUCAAACUCAAGGACAUAUUAGAUCAAGAAUUAAUGCAUUCGCUUUUUAUGUACAUUGUCGAAGUCAUUUGAUUAAUCUUUCUGUGAAAGACACACUAUCAAAUGAAUUUUAUCAAUCAUACGAUUUAAUUCACAGAACACUUGUCUUUUUUCAAGAAUCUGCACAACGAUUGGAUAUAUUAAAAAGAUCACAAAUCUUUCAUGCAACAAGUAAAGAAGGUUCUAAAGUACCAAGUGCAAGUGACACCCGAUGGGUGUAUCACUAUCAGUUAGCUGAAUUUGUGUGGACCCACAUGGUUUCAAUUGUAUCAGCUUUAAUCCAAAUUCAUGAAAAAAAUAAAGAUGGUUCGGAAACAGCAAAUGGAUUUGCAAUUCGUUUUGUUAAUGAAAAAUUUAUUUUCCAAAUUGGAAUUAUGAGAAUUAUAUUAGGACAUGCUAAGCUGUUUUUAAAACAAACAGAAAGUUGUUCCAUGACAUUUGAUAAAUUUUCAAUAUGCUUAGAUUCAACUACUGUUCGUAUACAAAAUACAUUAAAUGAGUUUGAUUAUGAAAUUUAUAAACAAAAAGUUAAAGAAUGUCGUGAUCUUUUACCAAUGAUACACCGAACAGCUCAUUCAACACGAAGUUCCAUAUCUAUUAAUAAUAAUGCCAAUGAUAAUCAUAUGGAUAUGGAUAAUGAUUUGAAUAAUUAUGGCUUAAAGCUUAUUAAUUCUACAAUAAAUUCUAUUAAUGAACGUUUUGGAGAAGAUUCUCGAAUUAUCAUGGAUAAUAUUACAAUGUUUAUAAAAUUAAAUGAUUAUAGUAACGAGGAAGUAUUGAAAAAUCCUUUAUUAAAUUUAUAUUGUAAUGAAAUGUAUUAUAAACACAAAGGAGUUAACAAUAAAAUUUAUGAACAAACUGAUAAACCUUUAUUAUGUUUUGCAAAAUUACAAAAAGAACUUCCACAACUACGUGUUUUAUUAAAAAGUGCAAAUAACGAUGUUAAACGAAUGCAAAUGAAAAUAAUUAAUGAUGAAGUUUGUUUAUUAGAUAUACU